AUGACCUCUCUCCCGCUAACAUAUGUGGAGGCGGCACGACAUGAUGUGAUGGAUGAUCAAAACCUGCUCCCUCCUCAAGCCGCUGCCAGCUCCGUUGGAGAGUCAGAGCCGUCGACGACGCCGCAGCCCAACGGUGCAGAGGUUCCUACAGCCUCCGCCCACCGCAGCGUCGUGGGCACCCAGCCACCGUCACUGUCGGGAUCAGACACAGGGGUUCCUAGCGACCGAGACUGUGUCGAGCCCCGCCCUCCAGUGGAUGUCGAAUCUCGGACCCGACAGCAAAAAUCACCCAAGCGACACAAGAAGAGGCGAUUGUCCGCUGACGAACAGGACAGGAAUGUGAAGCCGGCGGAAGACAUCGACUUCGUUGACUCGCCCACAAUUGCAACGGACUCCAGUGGCAUCAUUCACCAGAAGGUGCCUGAAGACAGGGAACACUCUCCUAAAUCUGGUGGCCCAGAAAACGAUGCGCACUGCGUCGACUCCCAAAAUGUGGGCUCCUGUGAAAGCGUCCAGCCCCCAAUGACAUCACAAUCGUCUCUUGGUGAUUGGGCAGACGAUAUGGAGGCAGAUGAUGCACAGCAAACAUCGAUAUCUCCACCAGAGCCCAUGGCUGACAUUGAGCCCGGAGGGCUCUGCCAGUCAGGGACUCCUACGGCACAGUAA